AUGCAAGGGUUAGGAAGCCAAGUGAGUGUGGAUUAUAAGGAUUUGUGCUUGUUCCCUGAUGUCCAAUUGUCUGCCGGGUUCAAGAUGCCCAUGUUUGACUUGUACGAUGGGCAUGGAGAUCUCGUGGCCCACUUAAGAGGGUUUUGCAGCAAGAUGAGGGGCGCUGGUGGGAAAGAUGAGUCAUGGAUGGCAUAUUUUAGCCAAAGCUUGAGUGGUGUAGCGUUAGAAUGGUACACCUGCCGGGACAAUAGUAGGUGGUACACUUGGGACGACUUGGCUCAGGCUUUCGCUCGGCAUUUUCAGUACACCGUAGAAAUUAUUCCAGAUCGCCUAUCCCUGACCAAGAUAGAGAAAAAGCCCAGUGAGAGCUUCAGAGAGUAUGGUUUCCGAUGGAGAGAACAGGUUGCACGGGUCAACCCUCCAAUGGAAGAAGACGAAAUGGUGGAGUACUUUCUUCAAGCCUUGGAUCCUACUUACUUUGGCCAUCUGAUCUCGUCCAUAGGUAAGUCUUUCAAUGAAGUGGUAAAGAUGAGAGGAAUGGUGGAAGAAGGACUCAAAUCAAGCAAGAUCAUGAGUUACUCAGCCAUAAAAGCAACCACACAUGCGAUCCAAAGUGGCACCGGGGGCAUGUUAGGGAAAAAGAAGAAAGAAGAUGUUGCUAUGUCAUAUGCUCAACCCCCUCCUUACCCGCAAUGGCGUGCUCCAACUCCACAAAAUCCUUAUCCACCCCCACAAACAUACCGAAACCCUACUGGUCCAAGCUUUCGACCCAGGCCAAAGUAUAGAAAGGAAAGGCAGCAGCGGAAACAAACUUUCACCCCGCUUGGAGAGUCGUAUGCCAGUUUGUUUCAAAGGUUGAGGCAGUUGGACGUUUUGAGGCCGAUUGAGUCAAAGUUACCAAAUCCCCCUCCAAAGAACCUAGAUUAUUCCCUCAGAUGCGCAUAUUGUUCUGAUGCCCCAGGGCACAAUACGGAAAAGUGUUGGCAUUUGAAGAGCGCAAUCCAAGAGCUUAUCGAUACAAAUCAAAUUGUGGUCCAGAGCUCGAAAGCGCCAAAAAUCAACCAAAAUCCUUUGCCAGCCCAUGCCGAAACGCACAUGAUUGAGAUAAUGCAUAAGGAUGGGGAGCCCGAGAAGUCUUCAAAGUCUGUCAUGAUGAUCCGUGCCAGUGAAAGUACUUCAGUCAAAACUCUAGUUUCUAUAAAUGCAACAUCCUCGACAACUGAAGGGCUGACAGACAAGCUAUGCACGCCCAACGUUAAGCCGCCUGUAUUAGUCGUGAAAGGGUUCCCAGAUGAUGUUGGAGCAAAGCAAGGAAAGCCGAAAGUGGUCGUGCCAGGAGUAGCAAGUAAGCCUAUCAUAAUCGUGGAAGGGGCUCGCAUUGCCCUUGUUGUUAUUAAACCCGUGACCCAGGUGCCGAUAGAUAAUACCAAGGCUGUUCCAUGGAAUUACAAGCAAGUGAUAGUGACUUAUAAAGGGAAAGAAGUGGAGGAGGAAGUUAAUGAAACCAGAGGGUUGACUCCUUCAGGGAGAUGCUUUACCCCAGAGGAAUUAAGGAAAGUUAAGCCGUUCAGAGAUAGCCCAAUCCCAGUAAAGAAGCCAGUUACCGAAGAGGAGGCGGAAGAAUUCUUGAGAAAAAUGAAGGUGCAGGACUACUCUAUCGUGGAACAACGAACACCGCGGGCCCUCAUGAAGAUUUUGAAUGAAGCUCAUGUCCCUGAUAAGAUCACGGUGAACCAUUUGGAGAGGAUUGCUAAUAAGAUAUUCGAGGCAAACAGGAUCACUUUCUCGGAUGACGAACUUCCCUUAGAGGGUACAGAACACAAUCGAUCUCUUUAUCUCACAAUGAAAUGCGAGGAUUCUGUGGUCUCGAGGGUACUAGUUGAUAAUGGUUAUAUUGCAAAUAUUUGCCCUCUCUCCACUCUGUAA